CUCUCCGCACUAGGUCCCGGGACCCCGGAGCGCAGGCCGUGCAUCGUCGGGUUUCCUCUGCCCGCGCGCACAGCACCCGCGCGCUGCAGCAAGUCCGGAGUUGUCCCGCAGCCGGGACAUCCUCUGCUACCGGCGCCCGCGGGCGACCCUGCAGCCGAGGCCGGAGCCGAGGCACCCUCGCCCUGCGCACCCCGGGGUCCUGCGCUGCAGCGCGCGGUCCACCUCCACGCCCUCUUGGCGGGGCGGGCCGGGGAGACAGGACCGGCGCCCCAAUUCUGGGCACUGCGCCCGGCGCGGGGUGCGGGAUGGAGAGCAAGGCGCUGCUGGCCAUCGCGCUGUGGCUCUGCGUGGAGACUCGGGCUGCCUUUGUGGGUUUGCCUAGUGUUUCUCUUGACCCACCCAGGCUCAGCAUACAAAAAGACAUCCUUACAAUUAUGGCUAAUACAACUCUUCAGAUUACUUGCAGGGGACAGAGGGACUUGGACUGGCUCUGGCCCAACAAUCAGAGUGGCUCUGAGAAAAGAGUAGAGGUGACCGACUGCAGUGACGGCUUUUUCUGUAAGACGCUCACAAUUCCAAAAGUGAUCGGAAAUGAUACUGGAGCCUACAAGUGCUUCUACCAGGACACUGAUGUGGCCUCGAUUGUUUAUGUCUACGUUCAAGAUUACAGAUCUCCAUUUAUUGCUUCUGUUAGCGACCAACAUGGAGUUGUGUACAUCAUGGAGAACAAAAACAAAACUGUGGUGAUUCCAUGUCUUGGGUCCGUUUCAAACCUCAAUGUGUCACUUUGUGCAAGAUAUCCAGAAAAGAGGUUUGUUCCUGAUGGUAAUAGAAUUUCCUGGGACAGUAAGAAAGGCUUUACUAUUCCCAGCUACAUGAUCAGCUAUGCAGGCAUGGUCUUCUGUGAAGCAAAAAUUAAUGAUGAAAGUUACCAGUCUAUUAUGUACAUAGUUGUGGUUGUAGGGUCAAAGAUUUAUGAUGUAGUUCUGAGCCCCGCUCACAAAGUCGAGCUGUCUGUUGGAGAGAAGCUUGUUUUAAAUUGUACAGCAAGAACUGAACUAAAUGUGGGGAUUGACUUCAACUGGGAAUACCCUUCUUUGAAGCAUCAGCAUAAGAAACUUGUGAACCGGGACCUAAAAACCCAGUCUGGGAGUGACAUGAAGAAAUUUCUGAGCACCUUGACUAUAGAUGGUGUAACCCGGAGUGACCAAGGGUGGUACACCUGUGAGGCUUCCAGUGGGCUGAUGGCCAAGAGGAACAGCACAUUCGUCACGGUCCAUGAAAAACCUUUUGUCGCUUUUAGUAGUGGCAUGGAGUCUCUGGUGGAAGUCACGGUGGGAGACCGGGUCCGAAUCCCUGUGAAGUACCUUGGUUACCCUCCGCCAGAAAUAAAAUGGUAUAAAAAUGGAAGACCCAUUGAGUCCAAUCACACAAUCAAAGUGGGGCAUGUAUUGACGAUUAUGGAAGUGAGUGAAAAGGAUACAGGAAAUUAUACUGUUAUCCUUACCAAUCCCAUUUCAAAGGAGAAGCAGAGCCACAUGGUAUCUCUGGUUGUGAAUGUCCCACCCCAGAUUGGUGAGAAAUCUUUGCUCUCUCCUGUGGACUCUUACAAAUAUGGCACCACCCAAACGUUGACAUGCACGGUCUAUGCAGUUCCUCCCCUGAGUCACAUCCUCUGGUAUUGGCAGCUGGAGGAGGAGUGCACCUACAACCCCAGUCAAGCUGUCUUAAUGACAAAUCCAUACACCUGUAAAAAGUGGAGAAAUGUGGAGGACUUCCAGGGAGGAAACAAAAUUGAAGUAAACAAAAAUCAGUUUGCCCAAAUUGAAGGAAAAAACAAAACUGUAAGUACCCUUGUCAUCCAGUCGGCAAAUGUGUCAGCUUUGUACAAAUGUGAAGCGGUCAACAAAGCCGGGAGAGGAGAGAGGGUCAUCUCCUUUCACGUGACCAAGGGCCCUGUAAUCACUCUGAAGCCUGAUACCCAGCCAACCGAGCAGGAGAACGUGUCUUUGUGGUGCAGCGCAGACAGAACUACAUUUGAGAACCUGACAUGGUACAAACUUGGCCCCCAGGCUCUGCCCACACCUAUUUGCAAGAACUUGGAUGCCCUUUGGAAAAUGAAUGCCACCAUGUUUUCUAAUGGCACAAGUGACAUUUUGAUCAUGGAGUUCCAGAAUGCAUCCUUGCAGGACCAAGGAGACUACGUCUGCUUUGCUCAGGACAGGAAGACCAAGAAACGGCAUUGCGUGGUCAGGCAGCUCACAGUCCUAGAGCGCAUGGCACCCAUGAUGACAGCAAACCUGGAGAAUCAGACGACAAGUAUUGGUGAAACCAUCGAAGUUUCCUGCCCAGUGUCUGGGAAUCCCCCUCCACAGGUUUCCUGGUUUAAAGAUAAUGAGACGCUCGUGGAAGACUCAGGGAUCGUACUGAAAGAUGGGAACCGGAACCUAACUAUCCGAAGGGUGAGGAAGGAGGAUGAAGGCUUCUACACCUGCCAGGCAUGCAAUAUUCUUGGAUGUGCAAAAGUGGAGGCAUUUUUCAUAAUAGAAGGUGCCCAGGAAAAGACCAAUUUGGAAGUCAUUAUUCUAGUAGGCACUGCUGUGAUUGCCAUGUUCUUCUGGCUACUUCUUGUCAUUGUUCUACGGACUGUUAAGCGGGCCAAUGGAGGGGAACUGAAGACAGGCUAUUUGUCCAUCGUCAUGGAUCCAGAUGAACUCCCCUUGGAUGAACACUGUGAACGCCUGCCUUAUGAUGCCAGCAAAUGGGAAUUCCCCAGAGACCGGCUGAAACUAGGUAAGCCUCUUGGACGUGGUGCCUUUGGCCAAGUGAUUGAAGCAGAUGCCUUUGGAAUCGACAAGACAGCAACUUGCAAGACAGUGGCCGUCAAAAUGUUGAAAGAGGGAGCAACACACAGUGAACACCGAGCCCUCAUGUCUGAACUCAAGAUCCUCAUUCAUAUUGGCCAUCAUCUCAAUGUGGUCAAUCUUCUAGGCGCCUGUACCAAGCCAGGAGGCCCACUUAUGGUGAUUGUGGAAUUCUGCAAGUUUGGGAACCUAUCAACUUACUUAAGGAGCAAGAGAAAUGAAUUUGUCCCCUACAAGACCAAGGGGACACGAUUCCGUCCAGGAAAAGAAUACGUUGGGGAAAUAACCAUGGACCCUAAACGCCGCUUGGACAGUAUCACCAGCAGCCAGAGCUCAGCCAGCUCUGGAUUUGUCGAGGAGAAAUCCCUCAGUGAUGUGGAGGAGGAGGAAGUUUCUGAAGAUCUGUACAAGAACUUCCUGACCUUGGAGCACCUCAUCUGUUACAGCUUCCAGGUGGCUAAGGGCAUGGAGUUUUUGGCAUCUCGGAAGUGUAUCCACAGGGACCUGGCGGCACGGAAUAUCCUCUUGUCGGAGAAGAACGUGGUUAAAAUCUGUGACUUUGGCUUGGCCCGGGAUAUUUACAAAGACCCUGAUUAUGUCAGAAAAGGAGAUGCACGCCUCCCUUUGAAAUGGAUGGCCCCAGAAACAAUUUUUGACAGAGUGUACACGAUUCAGAGUGACGUGUGGUCCUUUGGUGUCUUGCUCUGGGAAAUAUUUUCCUUAGGUGCUUCUCCAUAUCCUGGAGUAAAGAUUGAUGAGGAAUUUUGCAGGCGAUUGAAAGAAGGCACUAGAAUGAGGGCCCCUGAUUAUACCACACCAGAAAUGUACCAGACCAUGCUUGACUGCUGGCAUGGAGAGCCCAAUCAGAGACCCACUUUUUCAGAGCUGGUGGAACAUUUGGGAAAUCUGUUACAGGCUAAUGCUCAGCAGGAUGGCAAAGACUACAUUGUCCUUCCGAUAUCAGAGACUUUGAGCAUGGAAGAGGAUUCUGGACUCUCUCUGCCCACCUCACCUGUUUCCUGUAUGGAGGAAGAGGAAGCGUGUGACCCCAAAUUCCAUUAUGACAACACAGCAGGAAUCAGUCAGUAUCUGCAGAACAGUAAGCGAAAGAGCCGGCCUGUGAGUGUAAAAACAUUUGAAGACAUCCCAUUGGAAGAACCAGUAGUAAAAGUAAUCCCAGAUGACAACCAAACGGACAGUGGUAUGGUUCUUGCAUCAGAAGAGCUGAAAACCUUGGAAGACAGAAACAAAUUAGCUCCAUCUUUUAGUGGACUGAUGCCCAGCAAAAGCAAGGAGUCCGUGGCAUCUGAAGGCUCCAACCAGACCAGUGGCUACCAGUCUGGGUACCACUCAGAUGACACGGACACCACCGUGUACUCCAGCGAGGAGGCAGAACUUUUAAAGCUGAUGGAGAUUGGACCGCAGGCUGGCAGUACAGCCCAGACUCUCCAGCCCAACUCUGGGACCGCACUGAGCGCGCCUCCUGUUUAAAAGGAGGCACCCGAAUCCCCUACUCCUGGAAAUCACAUGCGAGGUGCUGCUCAGAUUUUCAAGUGUUGUUCUUUCCACCACCAGGAAGUAGCUACAUUUGAUUUUCAUUUUUUU